AAUUCGAAAAGAAGAAAAAAAGAAAAUAAUUAACUAAAAAAGAAACGAAAAAAAAACACUUUUACUUUGUUUUGUUAUUUCAUUUUGUUUUCUUUUAUUAAAAACAUGGCAAGGAUUUCACUAGGGUUGUGUCUGAUGUUAGUAGUAACAUCAAGUGUGAUUUAUGAAGCGCAAGGACAUUUCUUGUUGAAGAAUUACUUGACGACUCAGUUUCCAAGCAAGAGCAACGAAUUUGCGCCAUACGCUAAGAAGGGUUUGACAGAGUUCUUGACCGACCUUGAACGUAUUUGUCCACCGACUCCAGAGUUCAAAGGUUUCUUCACAGAAUGCAGGUCUUACAUGAGCUCCAUCCAAACGUCAUCGUCAUCGUCAUCGUCCUCGUCCUCCUCAUCACAAAACAUGGACGGGCUUUCGAAAGCUGUGUCUGCAAUAAGUGGUGGUGCAGGCCAACAAUCUGCGGAAGCAGGGAGUUUCAAAUCUACCAUGGCCUCUAUGGCAAAGACUUUGGUUGAGCAGAAACAGAGCACAAAGACGAUAACGUCUACUGAAAAGAAAACUCUAGUCACAUCUAUGGUGCAGUGGACUAAAUCGAUUGCUACAGUCGUGAAGACAGCAGCUGAGAAGAAAGGAAAGAAAGUCGAUAUAAACUCUUUUGGACUUGAUGUUGAUGUCAAUGACAAAUCUAUCAUGACUGUUAGUGGAAGCAGCCAUAGUAGCUCUUCAUCCCAAAAAUCCAGUUCCGAAUCCUCAUCAAACUCUUCGAGUUAUGCCGCUAGAGCAGAAACUGAAUCUUCAGCAAAGGCUAGAGCACAAGCUGGCGCUUCAGCAAAGGCUGGAGCAGAAAGUGGCUCUUCAGGAAAGGCUAAAGAAACCACCGAGAAGGGUGAGAAGGCUGAGAAGGAGGAGAAGAAGGGUGAGAAGGCUGAGAAGGGUGAGAAGGCUGAGAAGAAGGAGGAGAAGGGUGAGAAGAAGGAUAAGACUGAGAAGAAGGAUAAGGAGGAGAAGAAGGAGGAGAAGGCUGAGAAGAAGGAGGAGAAGGCUGAGAAGAAGGAGGCGAAGAAGGAGGAGCAGAAGGAGAAGAGUGGUUCAUCAGCCAAAACCAAAGAAGCCUCCUCGACCAAGGCUGGUGCUAGUUCUUCGACCAAAGCUGGUGCUAGUUCUUCGACCAAAGCUGGUGUUACUUUUGAUGACACGACAGGUGCAUCUGCGGGAAGCCCGACAGGAAGUCCCACUUCUGGUGAGGAUAGAACCUCAGGAAGCCCGGAAGCAAGUCCCACUUCUGCUAAGGGUAAGUCCUCUAAAAAAGAGAGUGGAAAGGCUGCUGCUUCUUCCAGUAAGCAAGAAUCCAACGCUGGAAGUGCUGCUUCUUCCAUGAAUCAACAACAAUCCAAAAGCGAGAAAAGCGAGAGCUCAAGUUCAUCAGCGACCACAUCAGUGACGGAAAUCGAGAAAGAGACUUCACAAGAAACAAGUUCAUUCAUAUCUGGACUUGAGAAAAGGUUUGCACAAAAGCAAGAACUCAAACCCUUCUUCGAGAAGCUCAAGGCUUCCAUGACUGCCUCCUCAAGGGUUUCUUCCACCAAAUCCGCACAAGAAUAUUCUUCUACAGCAAGAUCAACCACUGGUAAACUAUCUGAUGCCAUGACUUACGUGGGUUCAAGAUUUAGCAAAUCAGAAGAGAUGAAGAGCACCAUCAAGACUACCCAAGAAGAGUUGAUGAAGAAUAUUAAAGAAUUUCAAGAUAUCAACAGCCAAAUCGUGGGCGAACAGAAAGUAUCAUCGACAAAAGAGACACAGAUUAAGCAGACCAUGUCAAAGAUUGAAAAAGUCACGACCCAGUUUGUUGAGACUGCUGCUUCUUCAAGCUCAGCUUCAUCUUCAUCUACAUCCUCUCAGCAACAGAACGCUGGUUCCUCUCAGCAACAGAACGCUGCUUCUUCUCAGAAACAUACCGCUGCUUCUUCUCAGAAACAGACUGCUUCUUCUCAGCAGGAGACCGCUGCUUCUUCUCAGCAGGAGAACAGUAUGGGUAGGCUCAAGACCAAUUGAGAAGCUGCAUUAAUACGCGGAAAAUCAGCAAGUAUGACCAUCCAGUAAUGCCAAAAUACUUAUUUUAAUUAGUAGCUAAACUAUCAGAUAUUUUUUUUGUAUAUAAAACUAAGAUCGGUAUAGGCCAGGAGUGUCUAGCUAAAGACCGACGUAUGCAUGUAAUAACUCUGUAAGACAAUACAGAUAGAAUGUAACCGCUCUGUAUGUUACAUACAGAAGCGAGUGAUUCCUAUAAAAAGGAUUUUGAAUAA